UGUGAGUGUGUACCAGUGUGUGUCUGUAUUUGCUGCCUGUGGAACAGCAGAGGGAGAGCUUGGGGAAAUCAGUCAGUUUCACUUUCCUUUCUCUGUAAAAGCAGCCUCUAGCCUCUCCCAGCCUGAGUUAUUGGACUAUAUAAAGGACCAUCAGCUUGCACUUUCCACCUCACACACCAAGCUACUGUCCUCCACAGAGCUCAGACCAACACCCUUCUCAGCACCAUGGGUCUUCUUGGAUUAGCACUUGGCGCCGCACUUGGCGCUGGUACGGCCACCGUUGCGAUUCCAGCGGUUGUAGGACUAGCGGGCUUCACAGCUGCCGGUGUUGCGGCCGGAUCCAUCGCCUCCUCCAUGAUGUCAGCAGCGGCGGUAGCCAAUGGGGGCGCAGUGGCUACUGGAUCUGCAGUGGCUGUUCUACAGUCAAUAGGGGCAGCAGGACUCUCUACUGCAGCCUCUGCAGCACUGUCCAGUGCCGGGGCGGCUAUCGGAGCCAUCCUGAUCUAACCCUCGGCCUGCCAUCCCCUGGAUCCAUCCCUGAGGUGGACUCACCAGACCAGCCCAGCGUACCCUUUGAACCCCAACUAAUAAUAUUUAGGAAAAUGUGUGCAGUUAACACAAAGAGAAACCAAAACAACCUUCAUAAAGCAGUUAGUUGAAAUGAGUGUAAUGUUGUUCUGUUUAAAUAAAUAAUUAAUUCACUAA